AUGUCCAUCCGUCUCCAAUGUUUACGGCGAUAUUUUGUCGUUUUUAGCGGUGGUGGAAUUGGCGGACUCGCGUUAGCGACAUUUCUUGCAACGUCCUCUAAGAGUGCUCGUAGCCCGAACAUUGACGUACACAUAUACGAAGCUGCGCCUUCCUUGACUGAAAUUGGAGCCGGUGUCGGUGUCUGGCUUCGUACAUGGCGUAUACUCUCCUCUGCCGGCCUUUCGGAAGACAUGAAAAGCAUUGCUUUACCUCCUGGGAGAGAUAUGAGCGAGAACCCGAGCAAAUCAAAGCUUACUGUAAAUGGCGUACAAUUAGGGAAGGCAUUUGAGUUCCGUCGAGGCGACCGAGCACCUGAAGGACUCUCAUUUUAUACCAUGCAGGUUCCGUUCGGUCUACUCACUCUCCAUCGAGCUGAAUUUCAGCGUGUAUUAGCUGGCCACGCGAUCCCUCCUGCACAACCUCACUUCGGAAAACGCUUGGUUUCGUACGAAUAUGCUAUCGAAGGAGAGUACAUAAUUCUCAAUUUCGCAGAUGGCUCUUCUGCUCGUGCGGAUCUCCUAGUCGGCGCGGAUGGUAUCCGAAGUCCCAUACGGAGAGAGGUGGUCCGUCGGCUCGUUUCGCAAUAUCUGAGAGAAUUAAUAUCCGAUGCAACCGAGCCGGUAUGGAGUGGAACACGAGUCUAUCGCAGCCUCAUUCCAAUGACAGCUCUCGAAUCUCGCUUCCCUGGACAUCGUUCGGGACGAGGGCCACAUGUUCUCACUUAUCCAAUUUUGUCGACCGCAAAUACCUCGCCGCAAGCCAAUUCAUCUGGUGAGGCGAUUCCGACGUCAAUGGUGAACCUCGUAGCUUUCGUCUCUGAUCUGACGCGCGAGGGUACACGAUUACCUGCAGGCGAACCUUGGGUCCGUCCAGCUCUACAAGAGGAAGUGUUUGACAAGUUCAUAGGCUGGGAAGAUGAAGUGUUGGCAUUGCUUGAGCUAGCAAAGAAGCCAAGUGUUUGGUCAAUCCACACUGCAAGACCCUUACCUCGCUAUUCUGACGCGCUUGGUCGGGUUGUACUUGUCGGAGAUGCUGCACAUGCAAUGACACCACACCAGGGCUCUGGAGGUGGCCAGGCCAUUGAGGUUCGUCUAGAUGCGCAUGUUCUCGCAGUGCUCCUUACGCAUCCUCAAAUAACACGCGAAACAGUUCCUUCCGCAUUGCAAGCAUAUGAUGCCGUCCGUGUUCCGAUCUCACAGCGCGUUGCUCGAACCUCACGUUUGACUGGGAUGAUGUACCAGUUAAAUCAUUCUUGGAGCGAGGAAGCGAAGGAUAAUAAACAGGGGGAUUCGGUUGAAAGGAUGUUCUCUGAGGCAGAGGUUGAAAGGUUACAUCAGCUUACAGAGGCUAUAAUUGAUAUUCACAAAUGGGUUUGGGAGAAAGAGCCGGAGGAGAGCCAGCCAGCGCAGGCGUCGCGGCUGUUUGAAGAGUACCUCAAGAAGACUACGGAAGGAAGGCGCUAA